AUGACCGAGCCAGAACUACACGGUCUUAGCAAAGGCAGGGAAAACUUACAAGAGACGAACGUCGAUGCCGGAGAGAACAGAGACCAACAUGAAACCUUGGGCACAGAACAGAGUUCGCCGAAGCUUGCAGCACAGCGAUCUCAGUCACGUCCACGACCAGGCACACGACCGAGGCGAUUUCAGCUCGGUCACUCCCGAAACGCCAGUCUGUAUGGGAGCAGCGUUGGCUCUGCGCCAAGUGUCGAAGACGACGGUGAUGGCAUCGUCACUUCGAUGCAGCUCCCGAGUAAGACGUAUACAGAAGCGCUCUUUUCGCCGCCGCCACCGACGCCUGCUACAGACGUAAAGAAGAUAGAGCGGGCACCGACUGCAGGCUCUGAGGGGAUUCCGACAUUAGUAGUCUCCAUCCAUGAAGACGCUACAGAUGGUCGGCGAUCCAAAGCGGAAGCGAGAGAGGAGGUAGAAGAAAGAAGAAGGGAGAGCGAAGAACCAAGACACACAGAGGCGAGGGAGCCAAAGAUGCGCCAUGAUCUAGACGACGACAGCUUGGAAGAUAACAAUGAACAGCUAGCCCGCCUACAGGCUGAGAUUGCAACGCUACGGGGAGAGAAUGCACAGCUUCACGACCUCUUCAAUGCCGUGAACGGAGAGCUAGAAGAACUGAUGCUCGAAGACUCGGAUCUGCAAGAUGCGCUAGCCGACGACGCAGCAGCGAAUGACCCCCGGAGUGCGUUUCGAGACGGGUCCGAGUUCGGCUCUCAACGUGAGGCAACGAACCAGUACCUUGACGACCAAGAUCUCUUGGGCCCUCUGGCACGACUGGUGUAUCUUGUGAAGCAGUUCUGUCGCAUUCGCAAGUGGCAGCGGGAGCAGCAAAAGACAGAGCAGUCAGUCAUGGCAUCCAUGGACGAUCCGGAGAGCCUGGACAACCCCGGCAGCCCUGGCCUCUACCAAACGGCAUCGCAUCAGUCCAUACAGCUGCAGGACGUGUGGCAAGACCUGCCGGAAUUGAUGAUGCAACAAAGUCUCUCCGAAUCGACCAAUUUCACUGACAUCACUCUGCCCGAUGUGCUCGAUACCAAACGACCGAUUCAGGCCGAGAGCGCUGCAGUCACAGGCGACGAAGGCGAGACAGCAGACGAAGACCAGGCAGCAUCAGACGGUCUGUACGAUAGUAGCAGCCACAGCUCUGUCAGUGACAACAGCGGAACCGAAGGCAACAUGAGCGACACAGAACUGCCAGCGAUGGACCGUCUCGCACGAGUCCACGACGACGACGAGGGACAGGAUGUUGUCACCAGAGGAAAGAGAGACAGUACAGUCAGUAAGAGAAUGCCGGAGAGCGCAGAAGAGAGCGAGACCGUACGGGAGCUGAAGGAGGAUAUCAACCGCGUAAAAAACGAACGGGACGAGGCUCUUGGGGCAACCGAGCAUGCCAUGACCGAGCGGGAUGUGGCGCUGGAUGAGAGGGAACAGUUCAGCCAGGAGAACGAGAAGCUGCGCAGGGUUCUGGCCUCACUGAUCGACGGACAAGACGACGACGGCUCCGCUUCGCUUUGGGGUCUCUGGCCGUUGGUGGAAGAGGACGAAGAGGCGGAGACCGGCCACAAGGACGGGGACCAUAUUGUGGCCGACGAUCUGCAGUCGGCCAAAACGCCCAAGACGCCCUGGAUGCCCAAGACUCCCGGAGCAUCCAAAUCACCCAAAACACCCAGAACACCAUGGACGAAAGAGGGCCAGCGCCGACAACAAGCCUUGCGCGAUGCUCGGGUCCUCCUGCAGACCCCUCCUCCUCUGAAGAGCCCCUUUCCCCUGUGGCACAUCCACACCGGCCACGUGGACCGCAAAUGGCAACGUCGCCAGAAUGCAGGGUCGGUGCUGGAUAUCCCGCAGAUUACCCUGCACCUGGCCACGGCCCAGCAGUGGGAGAACCUUGCAGCCGUGAGCGUCUGGCUGGCAGUCUCGUGUGGGGUCAAAGAUGGACCCGAGAGAGUGAGGGGCCUCUGGGAGGGUCUGCGGGGAGGCUGGCUACGGAAGCAGACGAGCCAUAUAAAAGACCACGGCCAUUCCGAUAGCAGCACCGACGUCCAGCAGCUCGACACGCCCACUGUACUGCCACCACUGUCGACGAGGCCGUCGCCGUUGCCUCCCCCGACAACCAGCAGCCGGAACAUCCGCGACCUGUCUCUGACUUUGUCUCCCAGUCCGACUUUUCCGCUCUCGCCUCGGCCGUCUUCUCGGCCGUCUGUUGCCGAAUCCUCUGCCCGGCUGUUGACUUUGCUGUCAAACCGGCGCGCCCAUAUGCAGACUACCUUCCCCGCCGAUGCCAUGGCCGAGCUCCUGAUCAGCCUCCUUGUCCUCAGCUCCGUCUCCGUGGCCAUCUUCGUGGCCUUUUGUACUGCUGCCGAGCGUCGUCUCUGGCUGGACCACAACGCCGACUGUCCGCGCACCUAUCUGCACCACCAUCUCCAGCAGUAUCGCCCAGACACCAGCACCAGCACUCGUCUGUCAUUCGCCGGCUACGAUUCGCUACAGGAGUUCUCUUCAGCCCCCGCCUUUCAGUGGUGCGUCUGCAUGCCGGUGCCAGUCGACCCGCGCUUCGUCACGGUGCCGCUGGCCGAGCACGCAGCCUACUGGCGCGACUGGGCCGGCGAUGUCGUGCGAUGGAUGCUGGCCCCGUAG